AAACACCACUGUGCAAGAUCGCGAGUGGACUGGUUUUCAUAGUUUCAUUGUUUUCGAAUUGUGCAGUGUAGUGUAGUAAAUAUCAGAGUUUUAAGUCUCAUUCAUACUUGUGGACUUAGCACACCUUCACACAACCUCCGAGAAAAUCAACAGGGAGCGCCAAUUUGAUGAGAGAAAAAGUUGCCUACCUUCGCCUGCUGAAAUGUAUCACCAACAAAAGCCUUUGGAGAUCGAACGCAAACAGGACCAGAUGGCACAAACCUUGCGCAAGUCUGACAAAGCGCAGGAGACCUUUUACCUCAAGACCGGAACCAUGGUAACAGCUGAUGCACAGCGCAAACGCGCCAUGCGACGACUGCUGCAGGACCAGCAAGAGUUGCGGCAAUCGCCGGUCAGCAACGUCUCGGCGGAGCCGUUGGACAUUAACAUAUUCGAGUGGCACUGCAACAUCCGACAGGACGACGCCAUCUAUCACAUGGUCUUGUUUCUGCCUAACAACUACCCGUACGACUCCCCGAGUGCUGAGUUUCUUCCCACAAGCUUCUUGUUCAGCGGAGGAGCCACCAUGACAGGAACAAAAGGCACGAAGGUUUGUUUGAACAUUUUCUCUGACUUUGCAAAAUAUCAUUUGACCGAGUGGACGAAUCAGAAAGGAUACGGUUGGUCGCCUGGUUACACUGUACAGACGGUACUCAUGAAUUUAGUGGCGUUUUUGGCUGAGACAGCCGGAGAACAGCAGAAAACUGCAAACGUCUCCCUCAGCAAGAGUUUCACGUGUCAAGACUGCGGACACACCUACAGCAAGCCUUUCCCAGCACUGGACGCUGAACAAGAAACAUCAGUCAAAGGAAAAGACGGCAUGCUUCUUAAUGAAGAAAGCAAGAAAGUAACUGAUCGAUGCCCAGAAAUUGUUGAUUACAUUUCCAAGCAAAAAUUCAUCCUUAAGCAGUUUGAAUCAAAAUCAGAACUGUUUGGAUACGGACUAUCUGUCUCCGGGCCGGCGCACAGACCCUCCCUGACGACCCCGUGUGAGUUCAUGACUGCUGAGUCGUUCUAUGGGAUGCAGGCGUCUAUGGGCUUUGUGCACAGCACCUUGAAGGAGAAACUGAUGUUCUUUCUGCCCAUGUACAUUCACCCUCUGCAUGGUAACAAAAUACAGGAAACAUUCGAAGAAACAAUAAAAGAAGUCGCAAAAAUACUCCCGUCGGCGGGUAGCCAAACGCCUUUGGAAGAAGCUGUGCUGAAGACGAUUCCUAACCUCAUGGCUGCGACAGUCGUGGAGUUUUCCAAAGGAACCCAACACACAAGCGACAGCUCUCUCACUGGCUAUUUCGCUCUUCACAGACUUCUUUUAUGGGCACUGGAAACUUAUCCGAGCCUUCAGGGAUUGGUGGAUACGAAACUAAAGGAUUUCAUCGAAGGUGAAGAAAAACGGACAAAAUCUGCCUGUCCUCACAUCGGAGAAUGGCUUAUGCUGCUUUCCGCAUCAGAGAAAUAUACAUGGCAGGACGCGUCCGAAGCCUACCUCAGUGAGUCGUUCCGCCGAAAUGUGAUGUGGUACGUCAAGGACGACAGCAACCUGGGUUUUCUGGACACAGACAUGGAGUACAGAUUAUUACACACCUUUCGAAGAACGGAAGUCAGCCGAAAAAUUCUGGCUUUCCAGGUCUUGUUUCUGGCCAUUGCCCAACCAUCGAGCAUGAGCAGGAAAGAGUUGGUGCACCGCUAUGACCAAAAUUAUGGCUUUCCAACAGAGGAAAUGGUGAAAAAGAUGAAAGAAGCCUGUAAUACCAUCAACAACAGCAUGGAUUCGUAUCAAGACUGGUUCAAGGUCUUAAACCUGGAGCCUUGGGAUGACAAAGUGACAUUUGAGAAACUCGUAGAGUCAUUGAAGUACUCCAUUGAAACUAAAGAUUAUCACUGGACAUUACCCAAGACGGCCGGUGGCUGGACCGUGGUGUUAAAGAAGUACCAAGCAGAAGAAAAAGCCAAGAAAGCGGCUGAAGCCAAAGAACGAAUCAAGGACGGAAGAGCAGACAUGAAUGAAGAAUCGCCGGAAACAAGGACGGUUAAGGGUAAAGGGCGCGGCAAGAGGUCAAAAGGAGUCGACGAUCUGGAGUUUGAAGAAAGCGAAGAGGAAAGGGCGGACAGACUAGAGCCACCAGGGAAGCGGCAGAAAGAAGAUGAAGAGAGAAAGGGGAGAGGUCGUGGUAGGAAGCAAGGUCAAGGAGCAAAGUCAGCAACCGUGAAGCCAGGAGGCAAGAAAAGGGGAGGUCGCCGAUCGUGAGAAAAAAAAAACAAAACAAAGAUUGCAACAGAUAUCACAAAAAGUGUUCGGGGCUGGAGGCCGCUUUUAAGAUGUUAGAAUUGUUUAAAAUUGUAAAUGUUUUUGGUAAUCAAAUAUUCAGAAGAAUGAUGUCGAUCUUAAAAAAGAAAUCAUUGUGGAUCUUUAUAAUUAGGACAAAAGUUAGCACUCAUAUAUAUAUAUCAUACACACACAUAUGCACGUAGAGAAACAAACCUUACUUAUGUCGGUAAGGGCGCUCCAAACCAGCAGAUAUGUGAUACAAAAUAGAUGAUCUAAGAUGAUAUGAAAUUUGAUUCAAUUAACUACACGUGCAAACGCACUACUUCCUGCCAAGUGAAGACUAAUUUAGCUCACUGUAUGCAUUGUACGUAUUUCCGAAAGGAAAUGUUUUCUUCUGAUAUUCUGUAGCAGUUUCUUACAGAUCUCUAUCAAGAGAAAAAAAAACAAAACAAGGAAAUGUCCACCAAAAUCAUAAUGCUGUGUGGUUUCAAAUAUAAAGAUGCUAUUAAAGGGAUUCUAAAGGCAAAAUAAAACUGCAUAGAAUCGCGUAAAGAGUAG